UUCAGCAACCGUGUCGCACAAACUAAUUUGCGCAUUGACGGUUGGAAAUUUUUUGUAAACAGUCGUUGCCCUUCCGUAGUUUGAAAAUUUUUCGUUUUCGAAAAAAUGGAUUCAAGUGAAGAGAUUAGUGAUAACAUCCUUUCUUACUUGGAAAACUUUAGAGAUAGUGACACUUCAAUGAUUGAAGGGGAAAACGUUUCCACAGCAACCGAUAACGACAUUAAAAAUGAAUCAGAGUUGGAUAAUAGUCUCAACCCCUUGACUUCACCGUCUUUGAAGUCAGCGUUCUCGUCCAAAAAACUCGAAUGGGAUUCUAGUGCUGAUGUCGGGUGUAUUCCACUUAAAACAGCUCAAUUCAAAUCUAGAUUGAGCACUCUGGAGAGAAUGGCAUUGAGUAACUCUGCAUCCAAGCUCUGUUUAGAUGAAGAUGAACAAAGUCUGGCCCUCAUUGCCAAAAUUGACCGUGUUCUGGCAAAGAGUAGAAGUAUAGCCAAGAUCAGCAACAGUAAACCGUCAAGGAAACUGCAGAAGCUGUCCACCUGGCCCAGUGUCGGGAGCAGUUCAAAUGGAUCUACUGACACUGUGAUACCAGUUAUCCCCGAUUCAAAGAAAGGACCAAAACAAAAUGUGCCUGAAGAAUCUCACCCUGAAAAAGCCCCCAAACCAAAUGUCAAAUUCCCCCCGUCACAUAGUAAUGAAGAACAUCAGUCUCAACACUUUAAACGUUCCCAUGCUUCUCGCUUGUCAAAACCCCAAUUGCAAAGAUCCAAAAGCACACCACGAUAUGAAGAACUUGCUUCUGAACUUUUUAUUACCCGUUCUGUGGCCAGUGAAGAGCUUGACUUGUAUGCAGGAAAUGAAAGGCCUGGCAGUUCUUUCUUGGCUACUCCUCCUAAUUUUGCCGACAGUGACAGAGAUCAGGCUUCCAACCAGUGCCGCUGUGUUUCUGAUGAUUUCUCUGAAUCUACAACCUGUCCGACUCACACCAGCUUAUCUUCCGAACACACAAGACGUAUGCGGAGAGAAGCGUUGGGUGAACUCCAAGUUUACAGAAACCUCAAGGAACAUUUAAAGAAUUUGAAAGAUUAUGUUUCUCAGUUGGAACAAACUUGGAAAUUCCUAGAUCAGAAAACGUCAACCGUUCAUUCGAGAACUAGGGAAGGAGAGCCGCCAAGGCAUUCUAGAUCGAAACCGCGCAAAGCAACUGUUCCGUCGUUUCACGAGUUGCCCCCAUCAUCAAGAAGUUCCGAUUCUCAAAUCUCCGAGUCAAGUCAGUCUACUGUGGUGAACUCAAUCGUAUCCCUCAAGAGUGACCGAAGUUUUGAACUGGAGAGGCUCAAUCUGCACGAUACGGACAGUACAGAAGAGACGCAACAACCCACAAGAAAAAGCAAAUCAAAGUGCUGCAAUCAUUGCAGCCUGAAGACAAAAUCCGCACCUGUCGUUCACAAGAAAAUCAUUUCCGAAAUAGGUGUUCAAACCAGCGAGUACCGCUCGCGAUCCUCAUCCUCCGUUGGAAGCCAUGUUGUGGUCCCGCAGAGAGAACCCAUCGCUUACGACAUCUCACUGGAAAAUCGCCCCAAACCACAGGAGCGCCCUCGGAAUAAGACCACUCUCCAGGAAGCGCUGAAAACUAGAAGGCCCGACUUCCUGCACGACAGUGAGCUUCGACGCAAAACUAUUCAAGAAAUCAGUGAAAUGCGUCGAAUGGGCAUGCUGGAUUCGAAUUUCGCUCCCCAUUUGUUCACUUAUCAAGAACUGAGGAAACGCACAGAGGAACUUUAUCGCCAGUUACCUGAAUUUAGAAACCGGAACAAAGACCACCAGAGCAGGGAGACGAUCGUCACCAAUCGCAUCAAAGCUUCCGUAUUCCAGAAAAAGCUGCAAUCACGCGUGUUGCAGGGCCAACUCAAUCUUCCCCAUUCUACAUGUUUGUAAUAAAUCCCGCGCUAUUUUUGUAAGUCUGCCUAACGUUUUACAUUGAUUUUAUGUUGAAAUCGACCCGAGUCAAAAUUCAGAAUUCUGAAUACACUUUGCUUUUCAAUGCCUUUCACCCACCAUUAA